GUCAAGCUUCUUGAGCAUUGUUGGUGCUGCACUCAAAUGGGAGUGUUCCGUCACACCCCUGACUUCUGCCGUGUAGAUGACGAAAACUUCUGGAGGGUCAGGAGAUUGUUGUCUUUGAUAGUGGAGGAAUGGAUUGGAAACAGUAUGACUGGUCGAAGAUCACGACUAUUGUUGCCUUUGGAAAGUAUGACCGUGAGCUAUUGUGUCAUGCUCAUGCAAAUAAUGUUCGCGUUGUCCUGAAAGCAACUAUAUCGCAGCAGAACUUGAUAAAUCAAAAGAAGCGAGCAACUUGGAUCAAAAAAAAAGUGCUGCUAGCAAGAAAACAUUUUAUGGACGGCAUCAAUUUGGAAAUGUGGGAAGUCCUUAAGCCUGGAUCUGAAAGUUAUCAUGCACUAUCCCACUUGGUUCAGGAAACUGCACACAUCUUUCAUCGUGAAAUACCAGGAUCUCAGGUCACAUUUAACGUACCCUGGUCUCCGCAUUGUGAAAUUGGUCGAUGUUAUGAUUAUGUAGCAAUUGCAAAUUCCUGUGACUUCUUAUAUGUGAUGUCAUUUGACAUAGAACGUAGAACACUGGGUGAUUGUCUUGCAAAGCCAAAUGCUCCCUAUAACCAGACAUUAGCAGGUCUUUCAGCUUAUAUCAAUCUAGGUAUUGAUUCCAAGAAACUCAUAAUGGGAGUUCCCUGGUAUGGUUAUGAUUAUACUUGCCAGCGUUUCCUUGAGGCUGGUAGAUGUGAUUUGACAGUGUUUCAUUUGAGUAAAUCCAGUUGUAGCUUUCGAUCUAGUCGUUGGAUUCCAUACAAGGAGAUCAUGAGGCGCCUGCCGAAAUCACUUAGUGGCAGAUACUGGGAUGAUGACCAUAAAGCCCCCUACUAUAUCUACAUGGUUAAUAAUACACACCAUGAGGUUUGGUAUGAUGAUCCAGAUAGCAUUUCUUUGAAGUCAUCUAUUGUGAAGAAAUUAAAACUGCGUGGCAUCGGUGCUUGGAUUGGAAAUUUCCUAAACUAUAGUGAAAACCCCACAGUAGUAGCACAGACGGAAGAGAUGUGGCAUGCCUUGAACCUCGAAUGA